AUGUCGGCCCAAGAAGAGCAGAUCAUCAUUCAGGACGAGUUGGUCCAGGACACCAACGUUGACGCCCAGGCAGAGGACGAGUUGGUCUCGAGCGGAUCGGAGGAGAAGCAGCUCAAAGCCGAAGCCUCGGAGCUUGACACUUCCAACAUCAUCGAUGACUCGCCCGGUGUCUCCACCCGUGGUGCUAAGGUCGACGCGACCAAACAGGAGCGUGAGAUCGACCAGGCAGUCGACGCUGCCGAGAAGGCUGACCAGGCAACCCACUAG